AUCACACGCACCGCAGCCCUCUGAAACAGAGCUCGAGAGGUUUUUAUCAGCCCAGUUAUCCACAAAUCUCUCCUUGUCUUCCGUCGCAAUGGACAAGCUUUGCGAAUGAAUGGAAGCCAUGUCCUUCUUCAAGCCCUUCGUCGUGUCAAACCCUUUUGCUCCCAACCCAACCGGAGCUGCGAUGGCCAUCCAAGCGUCUUCUCAAGUUCUGUUGUUGAGAAAUUGCUCAUCACUUGAGAAGACCACUUCCAUUAGCCUAUUAUAUUUCAGAAAAAAUUCUCCAGCCAAAGUUUUCUCCCUCUUGAACAGGGUAUGCUAUUCUACUUAUUCUAGCGAUGAGUUAUUUUCCUCGUCAAAGAGAAGAUCUCGUGGACCUGUUAUGGCUGCAAAGAAAACAUCUGAAGAUCAUUCAGGGGCAAAACAGGAUGAAGGAAGGUAUAAGCAUACAGUUGAUCUGCCUAAAACAACGUUUGGGAUGAGGGCAAACUCUUCCACAAGGGAGCCUGAGAUUCAGAAACUAUGGGAUGAGAAUCAGGUGUUCAAGAGAGCGGUUGAUAAGAAUAAUGGGGGAAGUUUUGUUCUUCAUGAUGGUCCUCCCUAUGCCAAUGGUGAUUUACACAUGGGUCAUGCGCUAAAUAAGAUUUUAAAGGAUAUAAUUAAUCGCUACAAGCUUCUUCAAAACUACAAAGUUAGUUAUGUGCCUGGCUGGGAUUGUCAUGGACUGCCAAUUGAAUUGAAAGUCUUGCAGUCAUUGGAUCAAGAUACUAGAAAGGAGCUAACCCCAUUGAAAUUGAGAGCAAAGGCUGCCAAGUUUGCAAAAGCCACUGUUAAGAAACAAAUGGCAUCAUUUAAGCGAUAUGGAGUAUGGGGAGACUGGGAUCAUCCUUAUCUGACUCUUGAUCCAGAAUAUGAAGCAGCUCAGAUUGAGGUGUUUGGUGAGAUGGUCCUUCAAGGUUAUAUCUACAGAGGCCGAAAACCAGUCCAUUGGAGCCCCUCAUCACGAACUGCUCUUGCAGAGGCUGAGUUGGAGUAUCCUGAGGGGCAUGUUUCAAAGAGCAUGUAUGUCAGUUUCAAAGUAGUCAGCACACUUCCAGUUUCAGGUGGUUCACUAGAGGAUUUCUUUACUAAUUUGUCCUUGGUCAUUUGGACCACAACUCCCUGGACUAUUCCAGCCAAUGCUGCUGUUGCUGUGAAUCCAAAGCUUCAAUAUGCUGUUGUUGAGCUGCAUGCACUCUCAGGAGAUGUUUCUGCAUCUCCUGGAGAUAAAAAGAAAAGGUUUGGAAAUGUUUUGAAGCAGCAGCAAAAGCCAUUCCUUAUUGUAGCAUCAGACCUUGUAUCAACAUUAGAGACAAAAUGGGGCACAAAGCUUGUUGUGAAGAAACUAUUAAUGGGUUCAGAUCUUGAAAACUACAGAUAUAUUCAUCCAAUAGAUAACAGAGAAUGUCAGGUUGUCCUUGGGGGAGACUACAUUACAACGGACUCGGGAACUGGACUAGUCCAUACAGCCCCUGGUCACGGUCAGGAAGAUUAUGUCACUGGCUUGAAGUAUGGUCUACCUGUAAUUUCCCCUGUAGAUGAUGAUGGAAAGUUCACUGAAGAAGCUGGACAAUUUAGUGGGCUUGAUGUGCUAGGGUGUGGUAAUGAUGCCAUCAUCGAAUACUUGGAUGAACGUAUGUUAAUUAUCAUGGUGGAACCAUACAUACACAAGUAUCCAUAUGAUUGGCGAACAAAGAAGCCCACAAUUUUUAGGGCAACCGAGCAAUGGUUUGCAUCUGUGGAAGGAUUUAGGAAGGUUGCAAUGGAUGCAAUCAGCCAAGUAAAAUGGAUUCCAUCUCAGGCAGAAAACAGAAUUUCUGCAAUGACCUCUAGCCGCUCUGACUGGUGUAUUUCACGACAAAGGACAUGGGGAGUCCCCAUUCCAGUCUUUUAUCAUGUGGAAUCAAGGGAACCCCUCUUGAAUGAAGAGACUAUUGAUCACAUAAAGUCUAUAAUUUCCCAAAAGGGUAGUGAUGCAUGGUGGUACAUGACGGUGGAGGAAUUGCUUCCCAAUGAAUAUCGUGAUAAAGCAUCAGAAUAUGAAAAGGGAACUGACACAAUGGAUGUUUGGUUUGAUUCAGGCUCUUCUUGGGCUUCUGUGUUGGAGAAAAGAAGCGGGCUUAGUUUUCCUGCUGAUCUUUAUCUCGAAGGUACAGACCAGCAUCGCGGGUGGUUCCAGAGUUCUUUACUAACAAGUAUCGCGACAAAAGGAAAGGCACCAUACUCAAGUGUGAUAACACAUGGAUUUGUCCUGGAUGAGAGAGGUUUAAAAAUGAGUAAAUCUUUGGGCAAUGUUGUAGAUCCAAACAUUGUGAUUGAAGGAGGGAAGAACAAAGGGGCUGCACCUUCCUAUGGAGCUGAUGUUCUGAGACUCUGGGUUUCAAGUGUAGAUUAUUCGGGUGAUGUGAUGAUUGGGCCUCAGGUCCUCCGUCAAAUGUCUGACAUAUAUCGGAAGCUACGAGGAACAUUGAGAUUUCUUUUGGCAAAUCUUCAUGAUUGGAGGGUUGAUUAUGCUGUUCCAUAUAGUGAUCUUCCCAUGAUCGAUAAGCAUGCACUUUUUCAGCUUGAAAAUGUCGUAAGUAACAUCAAAGAGAGCUAUGAAAAUUAUCAAUUCUUCAAAAUAUUCCAGAUCAUUCAACGGUUUGUAAUUGUUGAUUUAUCAAAUUUCUACUUUGAUACUGCAAAAGAUCGGCUCUAUGUUGGGGGCUCUGCAAGUUUUACCAGGAGAAGUUGUCAAACAGUUCUUUCUGCACAUCUGCUUUCCAUUGUCCGGGUAAUUGCUCCAAUACUACCUCACUUGGCUGAGGAUGUUUGGCAGCAUCUUUCUUUUCAGUGCAUUACUGAAGAUGGUUCAAAUGCUAAAUUUGUUUUUGAGUCAAGAUGGCCUGCAUUGAACCAAAGGUGGCUUGCUUUCCCUGAAGAAGACAUUGGCUUGUGGGAAAAUAUUCUUGAGCUGAGAACAGAGGUGAAUAGAGUCCUGGAGCUUGCUCGUACACAGAAGUUGAUAGGUUCCAGUUUAGAAGCAAAGGUCUACCUUCACACCUUGGACAACAGCCUGGUGGCAAGAUUAAAUGAAAUGUGUGAAGCUAAAAGUGAUGCAGAUACAUUAUCUCGCAUAUUCAUAACGUCUCAGGUACAGAUUCUUCCAUCACUGGAAAAAGAACUAAUUGGUAGCAUACCACACAGUGGAGAAUGCUUCAUUCAAGGAAAGAAGAAAGUUUGGAUAGGCGUGUCAAGGGCAGAGGGCUCAAAAUGUGAACGAUGCUGGAACUACUCUGCUCAAGUUGGUUCCUUUGCUGAUCAUCCCACACUUUGUACUCGCUGUCACAAUGUUGUUACUGUUGAACUGCUUCCAACUUUAGCAGCCGUAAGCUGACACUUGAUGUUCAGAGAGAAUGAAGAACACAGGACCAAAGGCCAAUGCUAGGAGCAAGGAACAUUCAGGUUGUAUUCUGCCAUAUACUUUUCUGAAGUGUAUGAGCUGAGUCCACAAGCUCCAUACCGCUCAUCACAGAUACAACUUUUGCUUUCUUCGAGUUCAAAGGUGUCAUUCAGCAUUAGAGAUUGCCCAUAUUUAUCUCACUAGAAAGGACUAAUCUAGUGGGUUUGUAGCAAAGGUUGACCUAUCUGGGAAAGAUCAUGGCAAGGAGCAAACAGUUCGGAAGAAUGAAUGUGUAUUAUUUUAAAUGCUUCACUUGUACAUUAUUUUGCAUUUUUGUACCUUGUUUGAAAUUUUUGUUCUAGGGCUUGAAUAAAUAAAUGAAGUUACUGGCAGCAUUCUAUUCACUUA